CGGGGGACUUGGGGGGACCUUCUGCUGCACGUCCCUGCCACCGCUGGGGUUUCUGUUUUAUUUUCCUGAAGGGGAAAGGGGGGGGGAAAAACCAAAACCAAGAUGAUCUCCCCACGUCCUCUCUUCCCCUUUUCCCCCUUCCCCCUUCCUUCAUCUCAGUAGGAAUCAGCUUUUUCUUAUCCUGCCCAGAGCUUGCUUUCUCCUCAGACUCUGAGAAGAAGACUCCAGGAAACCAAGAUGGAUUACAGCUCGCUCAGCGGAGUCCCCCGGUUCUUGACCCGGCCCAAGGCGUUCAUGGUGUCUGUGGGGAAGGAUGCCACCUUGAGCUGCCAGAUCGUUGGAAACCCCAUCCCAGUUGUGAGCUGGGAAAAGGAUAAACUUCCAGUCCAGUCUGGGGGAAGGUUUAAAACCACAGAAGAUGGGGAUCUCUAUCGGCUAACAAUCUAUGAUCUGAGCUUGGAGGACAGUGGCCAAUACAUCUGCCGGGCCAAGAACACCAUCGGGGAAGCUUUUGCAGCUGUCAGCAUCAAAGUUGGAGAGGAGACCACAGUAACGGAGUACGCCCCGUAUUUCAUCCAGAAACCCUCCUCCAUCAAAGUAACAUUGGGAGAAGAUGCCAUGUUCAAAUGCAAAGUCCAGGGCAGCCCUCCCCUCUCGGUGAACUGGGAGAAGGAUGGGAGAUACCUGCGGAACCGGGCUGAUGCUGGACGCUUCCAGAUCGCGUCUGCUGGGGAGUCAAAUGCUCUCACCAUCCAGUGUACCCAACUGGGGGACAGUGGCACCUACACCUGCCGGGCAGAGAACCUCAUUGGCUCUGCCAGCGCUUCGGCUGCUUUGGUGGUGGAAACAAAGGGUUCUUCCAACCCGGGCAGCAGCAGCCACUUCGAUACCAGCUGUGGCAAGACGUCAUCCUUGCUGUCUCACUUGCAAAAGAGGCGGGAGGAGAUAAGGAAGAUGGACAUCUCCCAUGGGGCUCUUGAUUCAACAUCUGCCCAGUCUUACUCCACGUCAGAAGGGCUGUCCAGCAUCGGCUACAGCCUCUCCCGGGAUUACGAGCGGGCAGCUGGACUUACCACCAAAGGGGCCCGCAACGCAACUUUUGGGACACUGACCCGCAUGUGCAGCGUGACGGAGGGGAAGCACGCCAAGCUGAGCUGCUACGUGACGGGGGAACCCAAGCCAGAGAUCGUGUGGAAGAAGGACAACGAGGUCAUCUUGGAAGGGCGGCGGCAUGUCAUCUAUGAGGACGACCAGGAGAACUUUGUGCUGAAGAUCCUUUUCUGCAAGCAGAUAGACAAUGGGCUGUACACCUGCACGGCCUCCAACCUGGCAGGCCAGACGUACAGCUCCGUGCUCGUCACUGUCAAAGAACCCUCAAUACCUUUCAAGGAAAAACUGAAGGAUCUUGAAGUGAGGGAGAAGGAAUCUGCCACCUUCCAAUGUGAAGUGCCUGUUCCCAGCACAGAGACAGCUUGGUUCAAGGAGGAGACCAAACUCAAGCAGAGCAAGAAGUACAACAUCGAAGAAGAGGGCACGUAUCGCCGGCUCACUGUCCAGAACGUCACCGCGGACGAUGACGCUGUCUAUAUCUGUGAGAUGAAGGAAGGGAGCAGGACCAUCGCAGAGCUGUCUGUCCAAGGGAACAUCAUUAAAAAACUUCCACGAAAGACUGCGGUCUCCGUACACGACACAGCCAUCUUCUGUGUGGAGCUGGACAAUGAAUGCCAGAACGUCCGAUGGCUGAAAAACAAAGAAGAAGUGAAACCCAGUGAUCGAAUAACCAUCACGCGCUCUGGCAAGCAACAUACCAUGACCAUCCGAGAGUGUAAGAUGGAAGAUGCUGGUGAGAUUGCCUUCCUGGCUGAUGAAAGCAGGACUUCUACCCAGUUCACUGUGACCACUCCCAAGAAACCUCCCACCCAUCCCCCAGCUGACCCUGUGGUGAAAAAUAAAACAGAAACCUCAGUGACGCUAGCAUGGUCCCCUCCAAAGAUGGACCGCCCCAUUCCAAUCGAUGGCUACAUCGUGGAACACAAGAAACUGACUGGCUUCACCUGGGUGAGAUGCCACGAGUCUCAUGUCCCUGUCCCAGAGUUCACCAUAAGCAACCUGUUGGAAGAGGCCGACUAUCAGUUCAGAGUGUCUGCAGUCAACGCCUACGGACAGAGCCCCUACCUGGAGUUCCCGGGGAGCCUGCACCUUGAACCGGUCCUGGCUGUGAAAACCCCCCUGACAACUGUUGAAGCUGUACCUGGAGGUGAUGCCCUCUUUACUGUUGACCUCACGACUACAUGUUCCGGCACUUGGUACCUUAAUGGCAAAGUCUUACAGGAAAGUGAGACCUACAUCAUUAAGAGAACCCAAACUACUCACACUCUAAUCAUAAAGAACGUCACCAAGACUGACGAUGGAGCAGAAGUGAAAUUUGUUGCCAACAAUGUUGAGACCAGCACCAAGAUGAGAGUGAAAGGUGCUGCAGUGAGAUUUACCAACAAGAGCAGAGAUAUAGAAAAGGUCUCUGCUCGUCUGCGGGAGGAAGCCAAACUUCAGGCUGAGCUUUCAGAUGCAGAGGCUACUGUGAAGUGGAUGAAGGACGGGAAAGAGCUCAAGACCAGUGAAAAAUAUGAACUUCAAACAGUGGGGAAGAGACACAUCCUGAAAAUCCGCAACACUGCAGCAGAGGAUGCUGGAGUUUAUGAGUGCACCUGUGAAGGGGAUAGGAUGGUCUAUCAGCUUUCAGUGAAAGCACUUGCAAACUUCAUAAACAAAGAGAAAACUGGAGGCGUUAUCAGGGCUGUCUCUGGAAAACAAGCGGAAUUUGUUUCUGAGACCUCUGAGGCCAACAUCAUGGUUAAGUGGUACAAAGACGGCAAAGAAAUCACAGCCAGCAAGAAAUUCACCAUGGAAGAUAAAGGAAAAUUGCAUAAACUUGUGGCUUCAGCUGUGACGAAAGAAGAUGAAGGGACAUACACAUGCAAAAUUGGAGAUGACACUCUUAUUUUUGAUCUAAAAGUCUCAGAUGAAGCUGUCAAUUUUGUCAACAAGCCCAAAACAACUCCAGAAAUAUCAGUCAGUCCUUCUGAAACCCUUGAGCUGGAGUGUGAGGUGUCAGCUGCAAGUGGAACAGUGGUAUGGAAGAAGGAUCAAACUGAGGUGAAGCAGGACCAGAGGACAACAGUCAUCUCCCAGGGGACACACCGCAAGCUCAUCAUCAAGAAGGUGACACAGCAAGACCAAGGGAGCUAUACCUGUGAAACGAAGGAUGACAAAAUAACAUUCCAAGUCAAAGUCAGAGAGACAGAAGAUGUGUUUACAAACAAGGACAAGGUACAAAAGGAGGUGAAGGCUGCACUGACACAAAAUGCCACUCUGAGCUGUGAGGUGGCCCAGGAGAAGACUGAUGUGAAAUGGUACAAGGAGGGCAAACUGAUCACCUCGAGUAAGAAGUUCAAGGUGGAGUCAGAGGGCAAAUCUCGUCGGCUGGAGGUGGGGCAGGGGGAGAAGAAGGAUGCUGGGGAAUACACCUGUGAGGCUGGUGGCCAGAAACUGACCUUCAAGAUUGUUGUCACAGAAGCAGAGGAUGCAUUUAUCAACAAGGACAAACUGAAGAAAGAGGUGAAAGCUGCACUAUCAGAAAAUGCCACGCUGAGCUGCGAGGUGGCCCAGGAGAAGACCGAUGUGAAAUGGUACAAGGAGGGCAAACUGAUCACCUCGAGCAAGAAGUUCAAGGUGGAGUCGGAGGGCAAAUCGCGUCGGCUGGUGGUGGGUCAGGUGGAGAAGAAAGAUGCUGGGGAGUACACCUGUGAGGCUGCUGGCCAGAAACUGACCUUCAAGAUUGUCGUCACAGAGGCAGAAGAUGCUUUUGUCAACAAGGAAAAGGUGCAGAAAGAGGUGAAAGCUGCACUAUCAGAAAACGCCACGCUGAGCUGCGAGGUGGCCCAGGAGAAGACCGAUGUGAAAUGGUACAAGGAGGGCAAACUGAUCACCUCGAGCAAGAAGUUCAAGGUGGAGUCAGAGGGCAAAUCGCGUCGGCUGGUGGUGGGUCAGGUGGAGAAGAAGGAUGCUGGGGAAUACACCUGUGAGGCUGCUGGCCAGAAACUGACCUUCAAGAUUGAUGUCACAGAGGCAGAAGAUGCAUUUGUCAACAAGGAGAAGGUGCAGAAGGAGGUGAAAGCUGCACUAUCAGAAAAUGCCACACUGAGGUGCGAGGUGGCCCAGGAGAAGACCGAUGUCAAAUGGUACAAGGAGGGCAAACUGGUCACCUCGAGCAAGAAGUUCAAGGUGGAGUCGGAGGGCAAAUCUCGUCGGCUGGUGGUGGGUCGGGUGGAGAAGAAGGAUGCUGGGGAGUACACCUGUGAGGCUGCUGGCCAGAAACUGACCUUCAAGAUUGAUGUCACAGAACCAGAAGUUGUGUUUACCAACAAGGAAAAGGUGCAGAAAGAGGUGAAAGCUGCACUGUCAGAAAAUGUCACGCUGAGCUGCGAGGUGGCCCAGGAGAAGACCGAUGUGAAAUGGUACAAGGAGGGCAAACUGAUCACCUCGAGCAAGAAGUUCAAGGUGGAGUCGGAGGGCAAAUCUCGUCGGCUGGUGGUGGGUCAGGUGGAGAAGAAAGAUGCUGGGGAGUACACCUGUGAGGCUGCUGGCCAGAAACUGACCUUCAAGAUUGAUGUCACAGAGCCAGAAGUUGUGUUUACCAACAAGGAAAAGGUGCAGAAAGAGGUAAAAGCUGCACUAUCAGAAAACGCCACGCUGAGCUGUGAGGUGGCCCAGGAGAAGACCGAUGUCAAAUGGUACAAGGAGGGCAAACUGAUCACCUCAAGCAAGAAGUUCAAGGUGGAGUCGGAGGGCAAAUCGCGUCGGCUGGUGGUGGGUCAGGUGGAGAAGAAAGAUGCUGGGGAGUACACCUGUGAGGCUGCUGGCCAGAAACUGACCUUCAAGAUUGAUGUCCCAGAGCCAGAAGUUGUGUUUACCAACAAGGAAAAGGUGCAGAAAGAGGUGAAAGCUGCACUAUCAGAAAAUGUCACACUGAGCUGUGAGGUGGCCCAGGAGAAGACCGAUGUCAAAUGGUUCAAGGAGGGGAAACUGAUCACCUCGAGCAAGAAGUUCAAGGUGGAGUCGGAGGGCAAAUCUCGUCGGCUGGUGGUGGGUCAGGUGGAGAAGAAGGAUGCUGGGGAGUACACCUGUGAGGCUGCUGGCCAGAAACUGACCUUCAAGAUUGAUGUCACAGAGCCAGAAGUUGUGUUUACCAACAAGGAAAAGGUGCAGAAAGAAGUGAAAGCUGCACUAUCAGAAAACGUCACACUGAGCUGCGAGGUGGCCCAGGAGAAGACCGAUGUGAAAUGGUACAAGGAGGGCAAACUGAUCACCUCGAGCAAGAAGUUCAAGGUGGAGUCGGAGGGCAAAUCGCGUCGGCUGGUGGUGGGUCAGGUGGAGAAGAAGGAUGCUGGGGAGUACACCUGUGAGGCUGCUGGCCAGAAACUGACCUUCAAGAUUGAUGUCACAGAGCCAGAAGUUGUGUUUACCAACAAGGAAAAGGUGCAGAAAGAAGUGAAAGCUGCACUAUCAGAAAACGUCACACUGAGCUGCGAGGUGGCCCAGGAGAAGACCGAUGUGAAAUGGUACAAGGAGGGCAAACUGAUCACCUCGAGCAAGAAGUUCAAGGUGGAGUCAGAGGGCAAAUCUCGUCAGCUGGUGGUGGGUCAGGUGGAGAAGAAAGAUGCUGGGGAGUACACCUGUGAGGCUGCUGGCCAGAAACUGACCUUCAAGAUUGAUGUCACAGAGCCAGAAGUUGUGUUUACCAACAAGGAAAAGGUGCAGAAAGAAGUGAAAGCUGCACUAUCAGAAAACGUCACACUGAGCUGCGAGGUGGCCCAGGAGAAGACCGAUGUGAAAUGGUACAAGGAGGGCAAACUGAUCACCUCGAGCAAGAAGUUCAAGGUGGAGUCAGAGGGCAAAUCUCGUCAGCUGGUGGUGGGUCAGGUGGAGAAGAAAGAUGCUGGGGAGUACACCUGUGAGGCUGCUGGCCAGAAACUGACCUUCAAGAUUGAUGUCACAGAGCCAGAAGUUGUGUUUACCAACAAGGAAAAGGUGCAGAAAGAGGUGAAAGCUGCACUAUCAGAAAAUGUCACACUGAGCUGUGAGGUGGCCCAGGAGAAGACCGAUGUCAAAUGGUUCAAGGAGGGGAAGCUGAUCACCUCGAGCAAGAAGUUCAAGGUGGAGUCGGAGGGCAAAUCGCGUCGGCUGGUGGUGGGUCAGGUGGAGAAGAAGGAUGCUGGGGAGUACACCUGUGAGGCUGCUGGCCAGAAACUGACCUUCAAGAUUGAUGUCACAGAGCCCAAACCUGCAUUUAUAAACCAGGAAAAAGUCCAGAAGGAGGUGAACGCUGUCCUGACAGAAAGUGCCACCCUCAGCUGUGAGGUAGCACAGGACGCAACCGAAGUGAAAUGGUACAAGGAUGGAAGACUCCUCGUUUCCUCUAGAAAAUUCAAAAUAGAAACUGUGGGCAAAACCCGGCGCCUGGUUAUAGAGCAGCUGGAGAAGAAAGAUGCUGGAGAAUACACCUGUGAGGCUGCAGGCCAGAAGCUGACCUUCAAGUUGGAACCCACUGAACCAGAGGCUAAAUUUGAAAAGAAAGUUGUCCAGAAAGAGCCUCUCAUUGUUCAAGAACAUGAAAGCAUCACACUGACUACUUCAGUAACGCCUGAAACUGCUGCCGUAAAGUGGUUCAAGGAUGGAACAGAAAUCAAAGCGAGCAAGAAAUAUGAGAUUAAGAGUGAGGGGGCAUCCAGGACCCUGACGGUGAAGCUGGCUGAGAGCACAGACACCGCUGUGUACACUUGCCAGACAAAGAACGACAAGCAGGAAUUCAAAGUACAGGUGAAAGAAAUCCCAGUGAAGUUUGCUAAAAAACUUGAAGCUGUUAAUGCCGAGAUCGGAGGCAGCGUCUCUUUGACCUGCGACGUGAGCCACGCCAAAGGGAAGGUGGUGUGGCGCAGGAAUGGAGUUGAGAUCAAGCCCAGCAAGCGUUUCCAGAUUCAUGAGGAAGGGGUCAAACGAACCCUGACCAUAACAGGGAUCCGGGCUGAGGAUGAGGGAGAGUAUUCCUGCGAGUCCAGAGAUGAUAAAAGCAGCGUUACCAUCACCCCCAAAGCUCCCAGAGUGGUGAAAUUCACUAUGAGUCUCAACAGCGUGGUCUCUGAGGAGGGAAAAGAGGCUGUGUUCAAGUGCACCGUCUCUCCCAGAGAUGCUGUGGUCACUUGGCUCAGGAAUGGUGUCAAGAUUGAAGCCAGCAAGAAGUAUGUGAUCUCGCAGAAGGACAACAACCACAGCCUCACCAUCACUGAUCUGACGCUGGAAGAUGCAGCUGAAAUCUCUGCCAAUGCUGAGGGUGUAGAAAGCACAGCCAAUCUCAGAGUCAGAGAGGCCUCAAUCUCAUUCAAGAAGAAACUGGAACCCAGAACAGUUGAAGAGAGGGACACAGUGACCUUGGAGGUAGAACUGACCAAGCCUGCAGAGGUGAAAUGGAUGAGGAACAGCAUCGUAUUGAAGCCCAGUGAAAAAAUAGAGAUCAAAGCUGAGGGAACAAAGCAUACUUUGGUGGUUAAAGACAUCUCCUUUGCGGACAGGGGCUUCUACUGCUGUGAGAGUCCUGAUGACAAGACCCAAGCCAAGAUCAAUGUGGAAAUGAGGCAGAUCAAGCUGGUGAAAGGUCUUCAGCCCCUUGAAGUCUCUGAGAAAGGAACCGUCACCUUUGAGGUGGAAGUAUCUCAUGAGGACGUGGAAGGGACCUGGCAGAAGGAUGGCAUUCGGCUGAAGCCUGCACCGAAUAUCAAUAUUGGUGUCCUGGGCAAGAAACAUUCACUGACUCUUUCUUCGGUGACUCUUGAAGAUGCAGGACUCGUCUCCUUCAAAGCAGAGGGAAUUCAUUCAUCAGGGAAGCUCACAGUGACAGAAUUGCCUGUGAAAAUCAGCAAGCCUUUGGUAGACAUCAAUGUAACACAGAAAGAAAAGGUCACAUUCGAGUGUGAGCUGUCCAGGCCCAAUGUGGAUGUUAAGUGGUUCAAGGAUGGGAAAGAGCUCCGGCAAAGUAAGACAGUGGGGAUUAUUUCCCAAGGAAACAAGAGAAGCCUCAUUAUUCACAAGUGUGAAUAUGAAGACCAGGGAACAUAUACGUGUGAAGCAGCUGAAGACAAGACAUCAGCUACCCUAAAGGUUCACGCCCGAGAUAUCAAGAUUGUAAAACCACUGGAAGAUGUGGAAGUCAACGAAUAUGAGAGUGCGUCUUUCGUCUGUGAGAUUUCGCAUGAUGAGGUCCAAACCCAAUGGUACAAAAAUGACAACAAGCUGAAGGCUGCUGACAAUAUCAGAAUGCGCCAAGAUGGAAAGACCUAUUCGCUGACUUACACACGUGUCCAAGUCGAAGAUGCAGCAGAGAUCAAAUUUGUAGCAGAAAAGGCAGAAUCUCGUGCCCAGCUUACUGUAAAAGAACUACCUGUAAAAAUUGUGAAGCCUUUGCGAGACAAGAUCGCUCUUGAAAAACAUCGGGGAUUCCUGGAGUGCCAGGUGUCUCGUGCCAAUGCCAAAGUUCGAUGGUAUAAAAAGGGUGUUGAAAUUCACCCUAGUGACAAAUAUGAAAUUGUGAGUGAAGGUGUCUAUCGGAAACUCAUCAUCAAUGACGCAGGUUAUGAAGAUGAGGACACAUACACUUGUGAUGCCUUUGAUGACAAAACCAGUGCUAAUUUCUUUGUUGAAGAGCAAUCCAUUAACAUUGUAAAGGAGUUGUGUGAUGAGGAUGUGACUGAGCCUGAAGAAGCCAACUUUGAGUGUGAGACAUCCAUUCCAUCCGUGAAACCGCCCAAAUGGUUCCUACGGGGAGCGGCCCUCCAGGCUGGCGGAAACAUCGUCAUGCAGCAAGAAGGCACCAUCCACCGGCUGACAAUCCUGAAAACCAGUGCUGAUAUGACAGGCACCAUUCAGUUCUGCAUUGGCAAAUCAAAAUCCACAGCAAACCUGCUUGUCAGAGAUUACCACAUACAGAUCACCAGGAAGAUGGAGGACAAGACCGCCCUGGAGCGCCAUUCUGUCGUCCUGUCUUGUGACUUCAGGCCUUCCCCAAAGAUUGUGAAGUGGUUCAAGGGCAACACACUCAUUGAGCCCUCCGAGAAGUACAAAAUCAAGAGGGAGCAGUAUUCAGCAGAGCUCAAGAUUUUGAAGGUGAAGCCGGAAGAUGCUGGUGUGUACAAAUGCAGGCCUGGAAGCGCAGAGACCGAAGCCACGCUGACUGUUGAAGCCCGCAACGUAGAAGUACUCAAACAUCUGCAGGACGUGGAAAUUGAAGAAGAGAGCUCCGCUGUCUUCUCCUGCGAGCUGUCCCAUGAUGACGAAGAUGUGGAAUGGUUCCUCAAUGGCACCCUCCUUUACACCAACAAUUUCAAUGACAUCAGGAACGUUGGCAAUUGCUACAUGCUGACGAUGAAGCAGGUCAAGCCUGAAGAUGCUGGCACAGUGACGAUGAAGUCAGACAAGGUGUCAGAGACCGUGCGUCUGAAGGUGAUAGAGAAGCCUGCUGUCUUCAUGAAGUCCUUGGACGAUGUUUUUGGUGAGGAGCGAGGUGUGAUUAAAUUGGAAUGUGAAGUCUCCAAAGAGAAGGUCAAGCCUGUUUGGAAAAAGGAUGGUGUGACUCUCGCUUCUGGUGACAAGUAUGAGCAGAUACAGUCUGGGAAGACCCUGUGCCUCCUUAUCCAUGACCUUGAAAAGACAGAUGCGGGUUUAUACACCUGUGAUAUUGGCACUGAUGUCGCCAAGUCAAAGGUCAGCGUUCAGGAACUGAACAUUGGCAUCACUAAACGGUUGAAGAACACUGAAAUCCAGGAGGGAGAAGAUUGCACUUUUGAGUGUAUUUUGUCCCAUGAAAGCAUCGAUGACUUCAACUGGACACUGAAUGGGAACAAAGUGGAAAGCGGUGGACGAUUUAAAGCCUCUAACAUGGGUCGGAAAUAUACGCUCAAUAUCAAAAGUGUGACUUCUGAUGAUGCUGGGGAAAUCAUUUUCACUGCCCGUGGUCUAACCUCCAAGGCUUCUCUGGUUGUGAAAGAAAAGCCCACCGAGGUAACAAAACAGCUGGAGGAUAAAACAUCGGUGGCAGGGCAGGACAUCACCCUGAACUGUGAAUUGUCAAAACCUGACGUGAACAUCAGGUGGUACAAGGACGGCAAAGCAAUCCGAAAAAGCCAGAAAUAUGACUUACUCCAAGAGGGAACACGGGCCAUUCUGAUCAUCCGUGACUCCACGGUGAAGGACAGUGGGGAGUACACCUGUGAGACAGAGGUCUUUAAAACCAAAGCCACGAUCACAGUGCAAGAAAAACCUAAUUAUUUUGUCAAGGAACUUUCAGAUCUAAAAGUUGAUGAAAGUGGAACUGCAGUUUUUAUGUGCCAGAGUGAAAGAGCUGCAUCUUCUGUGGUCUGGAGGAAAGGCAUAGCUGAACUCAGGGCUGGCAGGAAAUACGAGAUCACACAGAAAGGACAAGUCCUGCAGCUGACCAUAAAGAACUUGGAGAAAAGUGACAGUGACACUUACAGCUGCGACAUUGGUGAUGCCCAGUCCAGAGCCAAGCUAGUCGUGCAAGGCCAGAAAGUGCUAAUAACAGAAGACCUGGAAGAUGUCACUGUGUUAGAAGGAGAAUCUGCCAUGUUCAAAUGCAGAAUCUCUCCCAUAGACUAUAGCAAAGUGCAGUGGUUUUUGGAUAAAACCCCACUCCAUACCAAUGAACUUAAUGACAUCCAGUCUCAGCCUGGGGGAUAUCACCUGCUAACGUUGAAAAAACUCUCUCUGAAGGACUCGGGGGUCAUUACAUUUGAAGCUGGUGAUAAGAAAACAUCUGCCAGUUUGGUUGUUAAAGAGAAGCCCUGCGUCUUCACAAAGGAGCUGGUUGAUACUGAAGUCACUGAGGGAGAGGAUGUGAUCCUUCACUGUGAAACCUCCAAAUCAGACAGCCCUGUAAAGUGGUGCAAAGACGGGAAGAGCCUUAGGAAUUCUUCCAAGUAUAACAUCAGCCGGUCGGGAUUUGAAGCCAAGCUUGUCAUUCACAGGGCAGAAGAAAGAGACAGUGGCAGAUAUGAGUGUGAGGCUGGAGCAGCUAAAAGUAGUGCCAUUAUUACUGUCAAGGAAACGCCAGUUCUCUUCAAGCAAGAGCUCCAAAAUGAAGAAGCUAAAGAAGGAAAGCAAGUGAAGCUGACCUGUGAGCUCAGCAAACCUGAUACCCCGGUGAAAUGGAUGAAAGGAGACACUGUUCUCUAUGCCAGCGAGAAGUAUGAAUUUAAGCAGCGGGGUACGGUGGCAGAGCUCAUUAUUCGAGAUGUCAAAACUGUAGAUGCUGGGGAAUAUACCUGCAGCACCGGGGAACUGAAGACCACUGCUCGGGUGAAAGUAAAUGCUGUGCCUGUCCUUUUCAAACAAGCCCUGGAGAACACGGAAAUGGAAGAGGGGAAAUCUGUCUCCUUGCGCUGCGAACUCACAAAAGCUGAUGCCACCGUGGUGUGGAAGAAGGGAGAAGCCGCCCUCCAGGCAAGUGCCAAAUAUGAAAUGAAGCAGAAGGGGACAGUGGCAGAGCUGGUGAUUCAUAAUGCAGAGCCAGAAGAUGCGGGAAGAUACACCUGUGACACUGGAGACCAGCAGACCACAGCCCAAGUCAAAAUCCAUGCUGUCUCUGCGCUCAUCAAAGAAGAGCUGAAAAGUGUAGAAGCCAUGGAAGGUGGGACUGCCACCCUGCAAUGCCAGCUGAGCAGAGAGGCCCCCGUGGAGUGGAGGAAGGGGCACACUCUUCUCCGGCCGAGUAACAAGUACAGGAUGAGGCAGGAGGGCACAGUGGCUGAGCUGCUGAUCCACGAUCUGGACCCAAAGGAUGCUGGAGACUAUACAUGUGUAGUGGGGAACCAAAAAACCACAGCAGCCUUAUCAGUGAAUGCCCUGCCAGUCCGUUUCAAAAAAGAGCUGAAGAACGAGGAAGCCACAGAGAGCGGGACGGCCACGCUGCAGUGCGAGCUGAGCCAGGCGGUGGGCUCGGUGGAGUGGAGGAAGGACGGGAAGGUCUUGGUGCCAAAUGGCAAAUACAAAAUGAGACGGGAAGGGCGUUUUGUCGAGCUGGUAAUCCAAGACCUGGACUUGACGGAUGCUGGGAACUAUACCUGCUUGUGUGGAGACCAGAAGACAACAGCGGCUUUGAGAGUGAAUGCCUUGCCCAUCCUCUUCCAAGAAGAAAUGUUGAACAAAGAAGCUACAGAGGGGGAGGCAGUCACUUUGCACUGUAAACUGAGCAAACCAGCCCCGGUUGAGUGGAGAAAGGGGAAUAAGGUCCUCAAGCCAAGUGAAAAAUACAAAAUAGAGCAGGAAGGUCCCUUUGUGGAGCUGGAGAUCCAGGAUUUGGAUUUGGCAGACACUGGUGAUUACACCUGUGUGUGUGGAGAUCAACAGACUACAGCUGCUUUGACAGUAAAUGUCCUGCCUGCUCUUUUCACCAAAGAACUGACAGAUGAAGAGGCCAUAGAAGGCAAAAGUGUCUCUCUGCACUGUGAGCUGAACAAGGCUGCUGCUAACGUGGAGUGGAAGAAGGGCUUCAAGACCCUCAAAUCAAGUGACAAGUAUAAAAUGAAACGUGAAGGUGUUGUUGCUGAGCUUAUAAUCCAAAAUCUAGACACGACGGAUGCUGGAAAUUAUUCCUGUGUGUGCGGAGACCAGCAGACUAUGGCAGUUUUAACAGUACAUGCUUUGCCUGCCUUUUUCAAAGAAGGAUUGAAGAACAGAGAAGCCACGGAUGGUGCAACAGCCACUCUGCGUUGUGAGCUGAGCAAGGUUGGGGUCCCGGUGGAGUGGAAAAAAGGGAACAAGACACUCAAACCCAGUGAUAAGUAUAGGAUGAGACAAGAAGAUACCACUGCAGAGCUCUUGAUCCGAGAUCUGGAGGUAGAAGAUACAGGAGAAUAUACCUGUGUGUGUGGAGAUCAGAAGACCUCAGCUGUCUUGACAGUCCAUGCUUUGCCCGCACUGUUCAAAAAAGAACUUGCCAAUAUGGAAGCCACAGAAAAGGGGACGGCCGUGCUGCAGUGUGAGUUAUCUAAACCCACUCCGGUGGAGUGGAGGAGAGGGCAAGAGGUGCUCAAGCCCAGUGAGAAGUAUAAAAUGAGAAUGAAGGAUACCGUUGCUGAGCUGACAAUCCACAGCCUGGAGGAACAAGAUGCAGGAGAUUACACAUGUGUGUGUGGAGACAAGACGACUACCGCGUCCCUGACAGUGCAUGCCCUUCCUCCGCGUUUUAAUAAAGAGUUGAAGAAUGUGGAAGCCACAGAAAAUGGCACGGCCACUUUCUGCUGUGAACUGAACAAGCCAGCAGCUACCGUGGAGUGGAGGAAAGGAGACAGAGCCCUGGAGCCAAGGGGCAAGUUCACCAUGAGAUGUGAGGGCACAACUGCUGAGCUGGUGAUCCAUGAUUUAGAGCUGACAGAUGCUGGAGAUUACACGUGCUGUUAUGGAGAUCAGAAAACCACCGCUGCGCUAAAAGUGAAUGCCUUGCCCGCAUGUUUCAAGAAAGAGAUGAAGAAUGAAGAAGCCACAGAAGGUGGAACAGCCACGCUACAAUGUGAGCUAUCUAGGGCUGCUUCCGUGGAGUGGAAAAAGAAACACAAAGUGCUCAAAUCGAGUGAAAAAUAUACUAUGAGACAGGAAGGUACUACAGCACAACUGCUGAUCCAUGCUUUGGAAGUCAAGGACGCUGGGGAGUACACCUGUGUGUGUGGAGACAAGAAGACCACCGCAGCACUGACAGUGCAUGCCCUUCCCGCUCUCUUCAAAGAGGAGUUAAGAAAUGAAGAAGCCACGGAGGGUGAAGUAGUCACUCUGCGCUGUGAGCUCACCAAGGCCGCUUCAGUGGAGUGGAAAAAAGGACAUACAGUGCUCAAACCUGGCGAGAAAUACAAAAUGAGGCAGAAGGAUGUCACUGCAGAACUGGUGAUCCAUAAUCUAGAUGAGAGUGAUGCUGGUGAUUAUACCUGCGUGUGCGGGGAUAAACAGACCACAGCUUCCUUAGCAGUGCAUGUGCUGCCUGCCCUCAUCAAGGAAGGCCUGAAGGACGAGGAGGUGACAGAAGGUCAAGCAGCCACUCUGCUCUGUGAGCUGACCAAGGUUGCUCAAGUAGAGUGGAGAAAGGGAAGCAGUUUGCUAAAAGCCAGCGACAAAUACAAAAUGAGACAGGAGGGUACGGUCAUGAAGCUGCUUAUCCAUGAUGCAGAAUUGAAAGAUGCUGGAGAAUACACUUGUGUGUGUGGAGAGCAGGAGACAACAGCUGCCUUGACAGUUCAUGCCCUGCCUGCGCUUUUCAAAGAAGAACUGAAGGACCUGCAAGCCACGGAAAGCCAAACAGCCACUCUGCGCUGUGAGCUGACCAAGGCUGCAGCUGUGUCAUGGAAGAAAGGAAACAAAAUACUCAGGGCAAGUGAAAAAUACAUCAUGCGGCAGGAUAAUGCCCUUGCUGAGCUGGAAAUUUGUGAUCUCGAGCUGCAGGAUGCGGGAGAUUACACCUGUGUGUGUGGAGACCAACACACCACCGCUUCUCUGACAGUGAAUGCCCUGCCGGUGCUUUUCAAGGAAGAAUUGAAGAAUGAAGAAGUCCAGGAAGGAGCAUCAGUCUCUCUGCGUUGUGAAUUAACCAAAGCAGCUCACGUGCAGUGGAAAAUAGGGUCCAAAGUGCUCAAAGCAAGUGACAAAUAUCAAAUGAGACAGUCUGGCACCGCUGCAGAGCUGGUCAUCACUGACCUAGAAGUAAAAGACGCUGGAGAUUACACAUGUGUUUGUGGUGACCAGAAGACAACAGCAAUCUUAACAGUUCAUGCUCUGCCACCACUCUUUAAGGAAGAGUUAAAGAACAAGGAAGCAGAAGAAGGUGGAGAAGUUGCCCUGCACUGUGAGCUCACCAAGGCUGCUCCGGUGGAGUGGCGGAAGGACCAGAGGAUUCUCAAAGCAAGUGAGAAAUACAAAAUGAGGCAGGAAGGGACCAAGGCAGAGCUGGUGAUUCAUGAAAUAGCUGAGGAGGAUGCAGGAGACUACACCUGCGUGUGUGGAGAGCACCAGACUACAGCUGUCUUAACAGUACAGGCUGUGCCUCCAUUUUUCCAAGAAGAAAUGACCAGCGAGGAAGCAGUAGAAGGUGGAACGGCCACUUUGCGCUGUGAGCUCAGCAAGGCAUCUGCUCACGUUCAGUGGAAGAAGGGCCAUCACGUCCUCACCUCGGACAAAAAGUACAGCAUGAGACAAGAAGGCUGUGUUGUGGAGCUGGUAGUUCAAGAUUUAGACUUGAAUGAUGCUGGAGAUUAUACCUGUGUGUGUGGAGACAAGACCACCACAGCUGCCUUAACAGUGCAUGCACUGCCACCAGAAUUCAAAAAAGACCUGAAAGACCUAGAAGCCAUAGAAGGUGGGACAGCUGCUCUGCACUGCGAGCUGACUAAAUUUGCCAUGGUGGAGUGGAAGAAAGGGCAGGAGUUGCUCAAAGCAAGCAGCAAAUAUCAAAUGAGCCAAGAUGGUGCUGUUGCAAAGCUGGUUAUUCAUGAGCUGGAGGUGGAGGACACUGGAGAUUAUACCUGUGUGUGUGGAGAUCAGCAGACAACUGCCACUUUGACAGUCAAUGCCCUACCAGCACUUUUUAAACAAGAGCUUCAGGAUACUGAGGCAGAAGAAGGUGGUACAGCAAUACUGAGGUGUGAGCUCACCAAAGCCAAGGCUCCAGUAGAGUGGAGGAAAGGAGAUGCUACUCUCUACCCUGGUUUGAAAUACGAGAUGAAGCAGCAGGGCUCCGCUGCAGAAUUGGUCAUUUAUGACUUAGAACUGGAUGAUUCAGGAAAGUACACCUGUGACUCUGGACACCAGCAGACAACGGCUGUGGUAACCGUACAUGCACUGCCCAUCACAUUUAAGCAACCCCUUCAAAAUAAGGAGUCAGAGGAAGGAAGUACAGCUACAUUCUGCUGUGAGCUGUCAAAACCCAAUGCUGCAGUGGAAUGGAGGAAAGGAGGAGUUGGGCUGCAACCCAGCCAGAAGUAUGAAAUGAGGCAGAGGAAAUGCCAGGUAGAGCUCUUAAUACAUAAUCUCAAAUUGGAAGAUACAGGAGAAUACAGCUGUGAUACUGGGGAUCAGGAAACCAAGGCAUCUUUAAAUGUGAAAGCUCUGCCAGUUCUUUUCAAAAAGGAGCUCAAGGACAAGGAGGCAGAAGAAGGAGCUGCGGUGAAAUUCCAGUGUGAGCUGACAAAGGAUAAUGCGACAGUGGAGUGGAGGAAAGGCACAAUGGAGCUCUUCCCGUGUGCCAAAUAUGAAAUUAAAUUAAGUGGUCGCACAGCUGAACUCGUGAUUCAUAACAUAGAACCAGAAGAUGCCUCUGAUUACACAUGUGAUACAGGAGACCAGCAGAGCACAGCAGUCCUCAAAGUGAAUGCCAUCAAACCCCGGCUGAAGCAGCAGCUGAAGAAUGAAGAAGUGGAAGUGGGGGGAACGGCCAGGCUGCGCUGCGAGAUUUCCAUUAGCAAAGCAGAAGUGGAGUGGAGGAAAGAUGGAGUCGUCCUUCACUCGAGCUCCAAGUACGAGAUGUGGCAGGACGGCACCCUCCGCGAGCUGCGUGUUCACCACCUGGAGCCUAGCGAUGCUGGAGAGUAUUCCUGCAAGGCUGGAGAUGAGACCAGCUCCGCAAAGCUGACCGUGAAAGAGCCCGACGUGACCAUCGUGAGUGGCCUAAAGGACAUGGUGGUGUUCGAAGGGGACGAUGUCACCUUUCGGUGCCAGGUUUCUCAUGAAAACGCAAGGGACGUUGAAUGGAGGCUACAAGAUGUUACUCUGCAAAAUAAUGAAAUGAAUGAGAUCUCAGUGGAGAAAGGAAAGAUCCACACCCUGACGUUAAGGAAGGUGACUGAGCAGGACAUUGGCACCAUCGCUUUCCGAGUGGGACCCUACAUAUCGACGGCAGAGCUCACAGUAAAAGUGCCACCUCCAGUCUUUAAGGAGAAAUUACAGAGCACAGAAGUGCAGGAGGAAGAAACAGCCAUCCUCCGCUGCGAGGUCUCCCAGCCUAAUGCUGCGGUCAAGUGGAAGAAGGGCACUCAGGUGAUUUCUUCAAGCUCCAAGUAUGAAAUCAGGCAGGAGGGAACCAUCCAUACUUUAAAGAUUUAUCACCUAAAACCAGAAGACUCUGGCAAAUACACCUGUGAUAAUGGAAAUGAACAAACCACUGCCACGUUAACUGUUAAAGCUUUGCCAGUAAUCUUCACACAACCACUUCAGAACCAGCAAGCAGAAGAAGGCGGCACCAUCACUUUGAGCUGUGAAAUCUCCAAACCAAAUGCCACUGUGCAGUGGAAGAAGGCCGGGACAGUGCUGCGACCAAGUGAUAAAUACAAGAUGCAUCAAACUGGAUCCCGGGCUGAGCUGACAAUUCGCAACCUGAGUGGAGCUGAUGCUGGGGAAUACACGUGUGACACAGGAGACCAGCAAACCACUGCAGCUGUGCUGGUGAAAGAACCAGAAGCCACCAUAGUGGAGAAGCUGAAGGAUAUCACGUCGUACGAAGGAGAAGACGCAGUGUUUGAAUGCAGGCUGUCCCGGGAAACAACUCAGGAUGCCCAAUGGUUCCUGGGGGAUGUUCCUCUGCAAUCCAAUGAAAUGAAUGAGAUUAGAGUCCAAGGGACGCAUCACACUUUGAUCCUGAGGAAGGUGACACUGGAAGACUGUGGGUCCAUCAGUUUCAAAGUGGGGCAGCAUACCUCAACGGCACAGCUGACCGUCAAAGUUGCUCCAGUCACCUUUGUAAAGGCGCUCCACAACUUGGAGCUGCAGGAGGGUGGCACAGCUCACUUGUCCUGUGAGGUGUCCAAGCCCGAUGUCCCGGUGGAGUGGAGGAAAGGCACAUCUGUGAUCCGCUCAAGCCAGAAGUUCAACAUCAAGCAGGAGGGAAACGUUCACACACUGGUUAUUCACGAUUUGAACCGUGCGGACUCAGGGGAGUAUAGCUGUCACGCAGCUGAUGGGAAGACCACUGCCAGACUGGAGGUUAAAGCCCUGCCCGUGCUCUUCAAGCACUGGCUGAAGAACGAGGAGGUGGAGGAAGGGCGCACGGUCGUGCUGCACUGCGAGCUGACGAGACCCGGCGCGCCCGUGGAGUGGAGGAAAGGAGAUACAGUGCUGCAGUCCUGUGACAAGUAUGAGAUCCGGCAAGAGGGGACACGCGUUGAGCUCUUCAUCUACGAUGCUGAGGCUCAGGACGCUGGCGAUUACACGUGCGAUUCAGGGGACCAGCAGACCACCGCGUCCUUGCAAGUCAAAGUACUACCCGUGCUGUUUAAAGAAGAGCUGAAAAAUGUAGAAUCUGAAGAAGGGGGAACGGCUGUCCUGCACUGUGAGAUCUCCAAGCCGGAUGCCCCCGUUGAGUGGAGAAAAGGAGGGGUGGUCAUUCAACCCAGUGACAAGUAUGAGAUGAAGCUGAAAGGCAGUAUUGCUGAACUGAUCAUCCACGGUGUAGAGCCUGAUGACUGUGGGGAUUAUACCUGUAGCACCGGCUACGAGAUCACCACAGGUUCUGUGUAUGUGCAAGAAGAAGCAGCAGUCAUAGUUUCUGGUUUAAAGAACACAGACGUCUUUGUGGGUGAGUCAGCCACGUUCACCUGUGAGCUCUCCUACCCGGGCGUGAAGAACGUGCAGUGGUGGCUCGAUGGAUCUCCCCUUCACAACAACUUUGUGACUGAAAUCUCUGAGCAGGAUGGGAUGAUUCACACUUUAACCCUAAAUGACGUGGCGUGCCAUGACUCAGGCACAGUCACCUUCAGAGCUGGGUCCCUUAUAUCUUCAGCUAAAUUAUUAGUCAAAGAUCCAACCAUUGAAGUGGUCAGUCCCAUGCAGGACAUAACUGUUGAUGAAGAUGGCACAGCAGAGUUCAUAUGCCAAUAUUCUAGGCCAGUACACGCCAUAUGGAAGAAAAAUGAUCAGGAAAUACAUGCAGAUGGGCAGCGAGUGAUUAUCGAUCAGGACUGGAAUGUAAGCAUGCUAAAAAUUAAACCUACGGUACCAGAAGACACUGGCAUCUAUUCUUGUGAAGCUGAAGGCAUUAAAGUGAUGGCUGCACUUGAUGUUCAAGCCAAGAACAGCAUUGUCCAGGGCUUGGAGAAUGUGGAAGCCGUGGAAGGAGGGGAAGCCCUGUUUGAAUGCUACCUUUCCAAGCCCGAGUGCUACAACUACAACUGGCUGAUUGACGAUGAGCCUGCCAAAACUACAGAAAACACUGAGAUGGUUUACUUUGAGAAUGGGCGCCGGCAUAUUCUGCUGCUGAAGAACCUCACUCCCCAGGACAGCUGCAGGGUGACCUUUAUGUGCAGCGAUGCAGUGACCUCAGCCUUCCUGACAGUGAAAGGAUGGCGCCUACAGAUCUUGCAGCCUCUCACUGAUGUGGAAGUGUCUCCAGGGGAGAAAGCUACAUUUAGCUGCGUUCUAAGUGAAGCUGUGCCAAUUAAUGAGGUUGCCUGGUACAGUAAUGACAUAGAGAUCCAGUCAGAUGAGGACUGGGAGAUACAAGCAGAUGGAAACAAAUACAAACUUAUUCUGAAAAAAGCCCAACCGCAUCAUUCUGGAGAAGUGACCUUUGCUUCCAGGGAAGCAAUUGCAUCCGCCAAGUUAUCUGUGAUAGCCCACCCCGAUCCACCUGAAGAACCAGAAGUUUUAAGUAAGAACAGCCACUCUGUCACUCUGUCUUGGUACAAGCCGUUGAGCGAUGGCGGUUGUGACAUCCUAGGCUACAACGUGGAGAGGAAAAUCCCAGGUAUUGGCUGGCAGUCGUGCAGCAAGGGCAUUAUUCAAAACACAGAGUUUACAGUGGACAAUCUCACCCCAGGUGAACCCUACAGAUUCCGCGUCUCGGCUAUAAACAAAGUUGGGGCCAGCGAGCCGGUGCACUUCCCUCAGACGGUGAGGCUAGAGCCUCCUGUUACAGUCACUCAACCUUUGGUGGGAGGAUCAGUCUCAGAAGGGGAAGUGGCUCGUUUGGAGUGCAAAUUAUCAAGUGAAAUCAAAGAGAGUGUGACAUGGUUCAAAGGAAAAGAACAAAUACGUGCUGGAGGGAGAUACGAGAUCCUCUCUGAUGGAAAAAAGCAGACACUCAUUAUUCAUGCAUUUAAACCUGAAGAUCAGGACACAUACACCUGCAUGGUUUCUCCAGAAGUCAAAUCUGUUGCCAGCUUGUGUCUUGAAGUUCCAACAGUGACAAUGCUAAAAGAGAUCGCCAGAGAAGCACCUCCUGCAAGACCAUCAGAAGAGCUGGUGGAUGGCCAAGUGCAGCCCAGCUUGCCCCCUGAGGCUGCUCAGGAGGGAGACCUUCAUCUCCUGUGGGAAGCCCUGGCCAAGAAACGCCGGAUGAGCCGGGAGCCCACCUUGGAUUCCAUCAGCGAGGUGCCUGAAGAGGACGAGAAGCUUCAGAAGUUGAGGAAGGAGGAAGCAGAGAUGUCUCACUAUUACUCAGAGGAGUACUCCACAUGUGAUGAGCUGGCUAGGACAGGAGAAGCAGAUUUCUCUUUCACAAGCUCAGAUGAUGAGUCUAGAGCUGGGACUCCUUCACUGGUGAACUACCUCAAGAAAGCUGGGAAGACAAGUGUCAGUGUUACUAGCAAGGUUCAGUCCAUCUCCACAGGCAAAUUAUGGAAACAGUGGGAGAAAUCCAGUGUAGAGACUGUUGUGUCGGCCUCAGCUGCUCAGCCAGUGGAACCAGAAAUGCCAGAUUUAGAUGAUCCUUCUAUGAACAAGGCCGCCGUGAAGAUCCAGGCUGCUUUCAAAGGCUACAAAGUCAGGAAAGAGAUCAAGCAACAAGAGUGCCCAGUGUUUACUGAGACCUUCAAAGACUUCUCUGGUGAGCCUGGAAGCACUCUCCAUCUUGAAUGUGUGGCCCACAGCAAAACUGACAUGAAAGUCCGUUGGCUGAAAGACGGGGAAGAGCUUUCAGAUGGUCGCUAUUAUCACAUAGACAAUUACAGUGACGGAACCUGCUCUUUGAUUAUCACUGGCCUGGACAGGAAAGAUGCUGGUAAAUACACCUGUGAGGCAUCCAAUAAAUUUGGCAAGGUUUCACACAGUGCUAAGGUGGUCAUUGGCACUCAGGAACCUCAAGUUCUUCGUAAGGAGAAGCAGGUCAAACCAAGCACUGACAGUGAGACAGAGAGCUCAUCUGGGAGUGAACUGGAUGAUGCUUUCCGAAAAGCAGGAAGGAGACUUCAUAGACUCUUCAGGGCCAAGAUCUCAACAGAGAUAUCUGAUGUGGAGGAAGAGCUCUUUGUCAGUGCAGAUGAAGGAGACAUAGAGGUGGUCGACCAUCAGACAUAUCGUGAGGAUGACCAGUACAUCUACAUCAAGUUUGAAAUCUUGUCUGAGGCGAAAACUGCUGCCACUCGAUUCAGAGAGAUGUUUGGUGCUCUGGGAAUUCCCGUGGAGAUUGACAUUUUGGAACAAGGCCCUAAAAAAAUUGAAUUGCGUAUUGGGAAAGCAACACCACCCACCCAUGGGAAGUUUCCACCACCGCUAGUGAGACCUCCACCACCUUUGCUGACUUCUGAUACAGCUCCCAUGUUCCUGACUGAACUCCAAAACCAAGAGGUGCAAGAUGGAUACCCAGUCAGCUUUGACUGCAUCGUCGUUGGCAAACCACUCCCCACGGUUCGCUGGUUCAAGGAUGGGAAAGCUAUUGAAGAAAAUGAUCAUUACAUGAUCAAUGAGGACCAGGAAGGGUGCCAUCAGCUGAUCAUCACAGCUGUAGUCCCCACUGACAUGGGUGUUUACCGUUGCCUUGCUGAAAACAACAUGGGAGUUGCUUCAACCAAGGCAGAGCUUCGAGUUGACUUGACCAGCACUGACUAUGAGACAGCAGCAGAUGCAACAGAGACAUCGUCUUACUACAGUGCCAAAGAAUAUAUUUCAAGCCGAGAACAGGAAGAAUCUACCAAUGAGGAAGAGCAAUUGCCCCAGAUCUUCGAUGAGCUUCAUGAUAUUCAUGUGGCACCUGGAGCAUCGCUGGCUAAAUUUCACCUGAAGGUGAAAGGGUACCCACAGCCUCGUCUCUAUUGGUUCAAAAAUGGACAGCCAUUAAAGCCCUCGGACCGUAUCCUGAAGACUGAUAAACAGGAAUUCCACUCGCUGGAAAUUCGUGACGUCACUAAGGCAGAUGCUGGCCAGUACUCAAUAUUUGUCAUCAACUCUGCUGGUUCUGCAUUUUCGUCAGCCAGGCUGGUAGUCAAAGAUCCUUAUGAGAAAGAAGAGCCAUCAGAAGCAGAUUCCCGUGAGCAGCUGAUACCGCCAAGGUUCCUGGAAAGAUUUACUAACAAAAAGGUGAAAAAAGGUGCCAGCAUCACAUUAUCUGUAAAAGUGGAAGGACAUCCACCACCAACUAUUACUUGGAUGAAAGAAGUGUCUCGGGAGGACAUCCUGUGGAUCAAACCAGACACGCCUGGAUAUAAACUUGCCAGUUCGAAUAUGCAUCACAGUUUAAUUCUCUUGGAUGUUAAAAAGAAGUACAGUGGAGCUUAUACAUGCAUCGCUACCAACCAGGCUGGGCAGUCCAUCUGCACCGCCAACCUGGAAGUUGCAGACGUGAAAGAGGCUGAAGUGCUGACCCAAGAGCGCGUGAUGGUGUCAGAAGCCAUCAUGACCACGCUGGGAGCUAUGCAUCCCUCUGAAACAAGAGAAGGAGACCUUGAAGCUGGUAGAGAAGGUGUACCCAAAAGCCCUGUUUCCUUAGCUGAUGUUGGCUCAGAAGAGUUCUUCCAGAAACUCACCUCCCGUAUCUCAGAAAUGGUAUCUGCAAAAAUAAGUCAGGCUACACUUCGAGUGCCAGGGGCAGAAAGUGAUGAUGAAUCAAAAACUCCCUCUGCAUCUCCUCGCCAUGGACGAUCCAGACCUUCAUCCAUUGCUCAAGAGUCCUCCUCUGAGUCUGAAGAUGGUGAUUCUAGAGGAGAGAUCUUUGAUGUCUACAUGGUCACAGCUGACUACGUGCCUGCUGCUCCUGACAAGGAGACCAUCACAUUGAAGGAAGGCCAAUAUGUGGAAGUCCUUGAUUCAGCCCAUCCUCUGAAAUGGCUGGUCAGGACUAAACCCACCAAAUCCAGCCCUUCUCGACAGGGCUGGGUGUCUCCAGCUUAUCUGGACAAGAAACUGAAGUUGUCACCAGAGUGGGGAACAACAGAAGCUCCCGAGUUCCCUGGAGAGUUUGUUUCUGAAGACGAAUAUAAAAGGAAGCUGAGCAUUCUUAUCCAAGAACUGUUGAUCUCAGAAGAGGAUUACAUUCAAGACCUACAGUUCCUCCAGACUCAUCACCUUAGGUUCACUGAGACCUGUCCCAAUGUCCCAGGAGCUGUCGCCAGCCAGAAAUCCACCAUCUUCAGAAAUAUUGAUGACAUUGCUCGCUUCCAUUCCAGUGUCUUCCUGCGAGGCUUGCAGCUGUGUGACACUGACGACGACGUGGCCAUGUGCUUUAUCAAGCAUGAAGUGGAGUUUAAUAAGUACAUCCAGUACCUGGUGGGGAGGGUACAGGCUGAAUCGAUCGUCGUCAGCAAAGCUGUCCAGGAUUUCUACAAGAGAUACACAGAUGAAAUUUUAGUGAAUGAAGAUCCUUCACAGCCACUUAUCCCACCACUGCAGCACUACCUGGAAAAACCCAUAAACCGGAUCCAGCAGUAUCAGACUAUAAUCAAGGAAUUAAUCCGAAACAAAGCAAGAAAUAGCCAGAACUGCACUCUGCUGGAGCAGGCUUAUGCCAUCGUGUCCGCGCUUACCCGAAGAGCAGAAAACAACCUCCACGUCUCACUCAUUGAGAAUUAUCCGGGGACCUUGGAAAGCCUUGGAGAACCCAUCCGACAGGGCCACUUCAUUGUGUGGGAAGGAGCGCCGGGAGCUAGAAUGGCAUGGAAAGGACACAAAAGACAUGUGUUCCUCUUCAAAAAUUAUAUUGUGAUCUGCAAACCAAAGCGAGACACAAGGACGGACACCUACAGUUACAUCUUCAAGAACAUCAUGAAGCUGAACAAUAUAGAUGUGAAUGACCUUGUGGAAGGGGAUGACCGGGCGUUUGAGAUCUGGCACGAACGAGAAGACUUGGUCCGCAAGUACCUCUUUCAAGCGCGUACAGUGAAUAUCAAGAACUCCUGGGUGAAGGAGAUCUGUGGCAUACAGCAGCGGAUCAGCGAGCCUGUCUGGAUACCUCCAGACUUUGAGGAAGAGCUGGCGGACUGUACAGCUGAGCUGGGAGAGACGGUCAAGCUGGCCUGCAAAGUCACGGGAGCUCCCAAGCCAUCUGUCAGCUGGUACAAAGAUGGAAAGCCCGUGGAGGUGGAUCCUCAUCACAUCAUAAUAGAAGACCCCGAUGGUUCCUGCACAUUGAUCUUGGACAACCUAACAGGGUUUGACUCGGGACAGUACAUGUGCUUUGCUUCCAGCCCUGCUGGAAAUGCCAGUACCUUGGGAAAGAUCCUUGUUCAAGUGCCACCACGGUUUGUGAACAAGGUUAGAAAUGCUUAUUUUGUUGAGGGUGAAGAUGCUCAGUUUACGUGUACUAUCGAAGGAGCACCUAGGCCUCAAAUCAGGUGGUACAAAGAUGGCGUGAUGUUGAAGGACACAAGUAAAUAUCAGACUUUCACUGAACCACGGAGUGGCAUAAUAGUCCUGGUGGUCAAGAACCCUUCCAAUGAAGAUAUGGGACACUACGAAUGUGAGCUGGUGAACAGAUUAGGGUCUGCAAAAAGUGGAGCAGAACUUUACCAUCACAGUGCUGCAGCCCUGACGCAGGAGAGGAGAGGAGACCAAGCCAUUACCAUAGAAGUCACUGAACAAGAGACUAAAGUGCCCAAGAAAACCAUCAUCAUAGAGGAAACGAUAACCACUGUGGUGAAGAGCCCGAGGCAAAGGGGAAGGGUUUCUCCUGCACGCUCUUCUUCAGGUCACUCGCCUUCCCGCUCCCCAAGAGCGGAGCCAACUCCAGAGCCGGUUUAUGUCUCAAAGAUGAGGCAGCCCGUCCACAGGUAUGAGCAGGAGGCAGCAUCAAAGUCGGCUGUUCCCGUGCUUUUUGUCACAGAAGCAGAGGACAGGCAAGGAGCAGCAGCGCGAGACGUCGUCAUAGAGACCAAGGUGGAAGAGAAAAAGCCCAAAUGGGUCGAAGUGGAAGAAAUAAUUGAAUUCAAGGUGAAAAAAUCACCAAAACCUACAAGGAAAAGAGGAUCUUCCCCAGCAAAACAAGAAAAAGACGACUCAGGGGUGUUAACAUUCACUUUUCCCAGCUCAAGGCCUAGGCGUUCUCCAGAAGAUGAUCCAAACACAAACAACUCCAACAAUAAAUUGGUGGAACAGUCAAAAUCUAUGCCUAGUGACAGUCUCUCUGAGGCUGAUAUCCAGCCCUUGGUCUAUGCAACUGAACAGGAAGGACCUCAAGUCAGCAACGAAGACAGAAGCUCCCCGUGUGGGUCCGAACAACUAGGAAAUAAUUCAUUUAUGGUUUAUGGAACCGAAGGAAAGAGCUUCCCACAGGAAACGAGUGGUCACUAUGGAUCAGACGUUGAUUCCCCGCUGCUUGCCUGUGGGGGCGAGCCUUUGAUCUUCAGUUUUGAGACAGGUGCUGCAGACCAGCAGGAGCUUCUGUUCUCACCAGCGAGUCCAGAGGUUACAGAGGACGCAGAUGACUUAGACCUGUCUUGGCCUGUUGAGGAGGGGGUACCUGAAGUAAUCCCUGAAGUCCUUCCAGAAGAGGAUAAUGUCAUUAUAGUUGAUGAACCAGAGGAACUACAGGCAGAUGAUGACCUUAGCACCCGGGACCGCAAAAUCUUAACCCACAAUGGCAAAGUAUUAACUUUGGAGGAUCUUGAAGAUUAUGUUCCUGAAGAAGGUGAGACCUACGGGUGUGAUGAUCAGAACCAUUCGGCAGAUAAACCCUGUGAGAUCUCCGUGCUCCAGACAGAAAUCAACGAGCCAAUGAUUGGGAAGCCAGUGCUGCUGAACCUGGGGAGACCUGUGGUUUCUGAGCCCAGGCAAAGGUUUUUCAGCCAGUUUGAGGAGCACGUUCCUGGGAGUGUGUUCAUGUCAGCAUCUAGAGUAACCGGUGUGCAGUCUUUAGGUCCCUCAAACAUCUCCUUCCAUGUGAGUGACACCUGUAUGAGCAUGACACCUGGAGUGCAUGCAGCAGCAGCAGCUUCUCCUGCUCCCUCCUUCACAGUGAAACCAUCUUUCUGCACCGAAGUCCAGCUCUCAGCAGAUAAUGGACAGUCAAGCUUUAAAACUGAAGUUUCCACGAGAACCCUCAGCUAUGGGACUGUUGGCGAGCCUGUUACCUUGCACAUCAGCACAGAAGACCUCUCCCAAAGCUGAGCAGAUGCAAGCAUAAUUUUCAACACAAAAUAAAGCAGCGUUUUUGAAAAAAAGAAACACUAAUCAAAAUUGUUGUAGGUGAGGGGAAUUGGUGGUAAAGAUGACAAGGUAACAUGUAUGAGGGAAUAUCUUUGAGGAGAAUAUAUUUAAAUGUAUUUAAAUAUGAUAUGUCGAGCUUUUCCAGUCUUAAAGGGAACAUGUCUGUCAGAACAGUUUGUAAUUUAAAAAGCUUUGAUUGAGGUGAACAUAUAUCAUUCCAUAGGGGAGCGGUGAUGGUAGGUUUAGGUAAAGCCCGAUUCUCCUGCCUAUGACAGAAAUAUAAAUGAAUAACUGCAUUUUCGUCCAUGAACUUAAAAAUUACUUCAGGUGCCAAUUUGUAAAUUAUGGUGUGGCAAGAAGGUGAAAGUGCCUAAGCUUUUCAGCAUCCUUUGGCAGCCCAGGGUAGCAGGACUGUCUCCAGCUAAAGCAGUCUCCUGUCCCUGUGUGCGCCCAAAGGUCAUGAAGCUUCACACUGCUCUGACUCUGCCGUAUGCUUCUGACACCAAUUAGCUCCAUCAAAAUUUCUUCAUAAACCUUUCAACAUGUGCAGUCUGGUUAAAUUAUUUUAAACUUCUGCCACAGAAUGAAACACAUAGAAAAUAUUGCAUUUACUAGGGCUGUUCAGACCUUUUGGUUGAAAUCCUGAUUUGACUAAAGUCAAUGGUGAAAGACCCACUGACUUGAGGAACCAAGGAUUUCGUUGUUCUCUUCUGCUUUAUGUAGAAAAAGAGCAUCCUUUUUAAAUUACUGCUAUUUUCAAGUCCACUGCCUAGAUGUCUAAAGAUGUAGGUUUCGUUAUUCUGCAUUCUAGUGCAGUGGAUCUAUAAACCAUAUCUUUUAAAAUAUAGAUUUACCUAAUGUGCAGCAAAAGAUUAACGUGCUGCACAAAAUGACUUCUGUAUCUAUAAUAAAAUGCUAAUACUUUUAUAAAGAACCACAAAUGUGGUCUUUGUCGAUAAAUAUUGCUGGAAGAAUUUUUGUUCUCCUGUACAUGCCAGUGGUGAAACGUUACUUUUAACAGAUUGAUGGAUAAUAUUUCCUAUAUGUAGUAAGAGGAAUUCACCACUGAGCUACGGCGAAGCAGCAGGAGCACAAAGACAGCUUUAAAAAAUAAAAAAGAAAGGAAAGAGAUACUUACCAUAAAUACAUUGGGCUGCUUGGAAACACUGACAGUUGCAAUUGCAUCGUAUUACUGUAACCAUGUUCGUGGAGCUGUCUUGUAGAGGUAUUGCCUUUUGUUGAGUUGCUCUGGAGCUUUGCAGCUCAGAGGGAGUGCUGAUUGCCUGAGGAAGGCUAAGAGGCCGUGAGCAUGACCCAUUCCUGUUGCACAGACCUUCCUCAAGUUGCUCAACCCUGGCAAGGAAUGAGCUCACAGGCCCAAAAAUAUUGGUCCCAGUUGAAGUCAGCUGUCAUUGAUCUUGGUAGGACCAACACUGGCCCUCUCUAUCGUAGACAGAGAUGUGGGGUAAAAAAUCCCAACAUCUUGUCCCAGCUGAAUUGUGUAGUGCUGUUGCUACAGAAAAUGUUUUUGUUUAGAUGGUGCAGAGAAACCAGAAAUGCUGAAUUUCUAACUAGCAUGAAGAAAGGGGAUUGAGUGAGCUUUUGCCUUGGAAAUGUUGACGUGUGAUGUUGCCUCAGUGUUUUCCAGCUAGGUAAAAUUGUGAAGCUUUUUCUGGAGUUCUCCGGGCAAUAUUCCCACUAAGCGGGAGUGAGUUCACAAAAGGUGCUCGUAGAAAAGAGUACUUUAUUUUCUUUUCCUUCUGUGGAUGCACCUUGACUGUAUACUGACUAAAAUGAACGUAGUGAUUUCACAGCCUUUUACUUUCAAUAUCCAAACAGGGCGUUAUGUGUAAUAUCCUGUGCACUACCCUCAUGGUAUAGGAUGCUUUUCCAGUGAUUACAUGUGGUGAAAGAAAUCAAGCCUCUUUUAUGUUACUCUCCCAUUUUUUAUAACAUCUCCUUGGUUUUUACUGUUUGUUUUAUAAUUGAGCAAUACAAUGGAUAUAUAUUAGUGCUUUUUUCAUAUAUUGCACUCUACAUUGGAAAGUAACAAAUACACAACAGAGAAAUAUUUUCAAACCUGAAAAUAUUUCUUUUUUAUUGGGCCUGAUUCUGAUCCCAGUUAUUCCAGUAUCAAUCUAGAAGAAUUCCACAGAAGGAGGUGGAUUUGAUUCGGAUUUACAAAGAUACUGAGAUGCUGAGAAAAGAAUUGGCCCUAUUAUAGUCUGCAAAAAUAUAAUAUCAAAAAAUAAUAAAGAUGUGUAAAGGAUCAUGGAGGUCUGCUCCUGUUGUGGAUGAUGCUCAGGUUGGAGCUGCAGGAUGCAGCUGAAAGGUUGCAGUUCAGAUGGUCAUAGAAGAAACACCUAUAAUUCGUUUCAUUAGCCCAAAGCAAUUGACAUCUGUUUACAUUUUUGUUUGAAAUUUAAGCAAAAGAGAAUAAAUUGAAAGGAAUUUUUAAAAUCGUAUGCAGGAUUCUGUUCAAAAAGUGAAAGGUUAUGAAAAGUUCAUUACAUAUACUUUCAAAAUGUUUUCCUAGAGGUUAAAAAUUAUGCUUGUAAGUGAUUACAGUAUGUAGAUAACUAAUGAGAUGUGUGGGAGUUUAUUUCCUGUAGAUGAAAUCAUACAGCUGUAUUAAAAAUUUUAAUACAAGGAAUGUUUUACUAAAAUUCCUGCAGGUGAAUGGGUAUUAAUAAAGUGGAAACUUCAGUUUGCUUGAGAUACAAAAAGAAAAAAAAAAAGCCACCAAAAAAAAACCCAAAUAAAAAAAAAUCAAAUGCAAGAUAUGCUGUUAGAUGCUGAGUUUAUAUCAAUAAAUGUCUUGCAUCUGCUGUCACUGAA